AUCUACUUCUAUUCUUCUUGACCAAGUCUGGUCAAGUUCUUGUUGUUUUGUUCAAUUCUAAUACUGAAACAACAACUAAGUUACAUAGGCCUACACAAGAGGCUGCCAUCUGGUAUUAGAUUGUUGGUUUGUAGAAGCAAUAUCAGGUGCAAGGUGAAGAAAGAAAAUCCUUAAAACUCCAUGGCGGCCACAAUUCCAAUUUUUGAUGGUGACAACUACCAGUUUUGGAAAGUGAAGAUGACAACUCUAUUUCAAUCUAUGGAUUUGUGGGAUAUGGUAGAGAGGGGGUACCAGGAUGAGAAUAACGGGGAGAACCGAAAGAAGAAUGCUGAAGCGCUUUCUCUAAUCCAGCGAUGCGUCUCAGACUCGAUCUUUAAAACAAUCAUGAAUGCUAGAAGAGCGAAAGACGCUUGGGACUUUCUUCAAGAGAUAUUUCAAACAGAGGAAAGGCCAAUUCUAUCUAUUAGCUUCUUACUACCACUCGCAAAAGCCUUAUUAGUACCCGCGAACAUCUCAAAAUCGAAGGAAACCAAUUUGAUAGUGGCUACACUGAUAGCAACGGUGACCUUCGCAGCAGGUAUCACCAUGCCUGGUGGCUACGUUAAUGAUAACAAAGACCCGAACCAAGGAAUGGCAAUUCUAACAAGAAAAGCAGCUUUCAAAGCUUUUGUGAUAACAGAUACCAUUGCCCUGACAUUAUCCAGUUUUGCAGUGCUUACCCACCUCGAUACUUCUGUGAUUGACAACCCGAUUUUACUAAAGCAGCAACUUACUUUAGCUUUUCUUUGUACUGCUUAUGCUAUGCUUGCAAUGUUGGUGGCAUUCAUUACAGGGACAUAUGCUGUGUUAGCAUCUUCAAGCCUUUCUAUUUUUGUUUGCGUAAUCCCUUCCAUUCUGUUGUUCAUGUACCUGUUUUACAGGAAGAUAUUUUUCCCUCUACUGAUGUACGAAGACAUCCAACGGCACUCUAGCUCUCUCCCACGCGUGCAAAAUCAAUAGUUUAUGAUUUGGGAUUUGCCGAUUUGAGCUCUCAUGCGUGCACCAAAUCUGUAUCAGUUUCAGUAAUUACGUAAAUAAAAUCUAUGCUUAUUGUUC